AUGUUACAGAUCUCAGCUUUGAGUGCAACACCAAAUUUCACCCCUACAGUGCGUAAUGCUGUCGCAAAGAAGAAAGGUAGUAAAACAGGUGUGAUUGUGGGAGUCAUAGUUGGUGUGGCAGUUUUAGGACUGUUAGCAUUUGCUGGAAUCUUUAUUUGGAGGCAGAAAAGGAGAAAACUGUCGUUGGAGCAAGAAGAGCUCUACAGUAUUGUGGGAAGACCUAAUGUUCUCAGCUAUGGGGAACUGAGGUCGGCUACCGAAAAUUUCAGUUCUAAUAACCUUCUCGGUAAAGGAGGAUAUGGGUCAGUUUAUAAGGGUAAGUUAACUGAUGGUAGGUUUGUGGCAGUGAAGCAGCUGUCUGAAACAUCUCAUCAGGGGAAAAAGGAAUUCGCGACGGAAAUAGAAACUAUAUCUCGGGUGCAGCACCGUAAUCUCGUGAAGUUGUAUGGUUGCUGCCUUGAGGGCAAUAAGCCAUUGUUGGUUUAUGAGUACCUGGAGAAUGGAAGCUUGGACCAUGCUCUGUUUGGAAAAGGGAGGUCAAACCUAGACUGGCCAACGCGCUUUGAAAUAUGCUUAGGCAUUGCGAGAGGUCUGGCCUAUCUUCAUGAAGAAUCUAGCAUCCGUGUUGUGCACAGGGACAUAAAGGCCAGCAAUAUCUUACUUGAUGCCAAUCUCAAUCCUAAGAUCUCAGAUUUCGGGCUCGCGAAACUUUACGAUGAUCAGGAGACACAUGUCAGCACGAAAGUUGCUGGUACAUUUGGUUACCUCGCACCUGAGUAUGCCAUGAGAGGCCAUGUGACAGAGAAGGUUGAUGUGUUUGCAUUUGGCGUUGUGGUAUUGGAGACUUUAGCUGGAAGACCAAACUAUUACUCUACUCAGGACCAAAACAAGAUUUAUAUUUUCGAAUGGGUCUGGGAACUGCACGAGGACAACCACCCUCUGGAUAUGCUCGACCCGAGGCUCGAAGAAUUCGAUAGCGAGGAGGUGCUCCGGGCCAUCAAGGUGGCGCUCGUGUGCACCCAAGGCUCACCCCACCAGCGGCCAUCCAUGUCGAGGGUGGUGGCCAUGUUGACGGGCGACGUCGAGGCGCCCAGCAAUGUGUCCAAGCCCAGCUACAUCACGGAGUGGCAGAUCAAGGGUGGCGGCGACACCAGCUUCAUGAGCUCCAGCGUCAGUGGGCAAUCGAGCUCGACUCAGAAGACCGACUCAGUGCGGUUGCCGUUCCUGGGCUCCAUCAUUGACGAAGGCCGUUGAUUUGAUUCAUUCUCACGGUCGAAUUAUCAGUCCAUGGCGAAUUCUUGUGGUACAGAUUUAUUUGAGAAUGCAUUCAUCUUGCGGAUGGUGUUUGUGCAGUCAGUAAUUGUUUGCGUAAAUAUAGGUUUGAUUUCAUUUGCUAGUGCUCAUACUUGCAUUGCCGUUGGAACUGC